AUGAAAAUCAAUCAUGACACCUUGGCACCUGAAACGAGUCCUCCUCCGUUUACUGAGGAAUGGCAGAGCUUCAGUGAUGACAGUGAGCCAGUGGACAGCAUGUUCGACACACAGGCCGACCUCCCGGGUUUAGCGUGCGGCGGUGGCCCCGACAGCCCGGAUGACGACGCAGACGACGGCGUCAUCAACAACAUGUCCCCCCUGCCCUCACCGACUCCUUCCCAUCCAAACAACAACAACAACAACAACCACCACCACCUGCUGCACCCCCACAUCUACGCCACCCACCACCACCACCACCUCCACAACAACAGCAACAGCAGCAGCAACGACCAGGACUUCACCACACCCAAGGAGGGCUCGCCCUACGAGGCGCCCGUCUACAUUCCCGACGACAUUCCCAUCCCUAGCGAGCUGGAGCUGCGGGAGUCCUCGGUGCCCGGCGCCGGCCUGGGCGUCUGGGCCAAGACCUGCAUCGGUGCUGGCGAGAGGUUCGGUCUGCACAGCACGCUGCAUCACGAGGCCACGGGGAAAGACGGCUCCUUUGGAUGGGAGCAGAUGAUGAAUGACGAUGACGAAGCCUCCCCUGACAGCUGCAUCAAAAAGGUGGUGGACGACAUGGGCAACGUCAAGUUUGCGCUGGACACGGGCCCGGACGCCACCAGCAACAGCUGGCUCAAAUACGUCCGCUCCGCCUUGUCAUUUGAGGAGCAGAACCUCGCCGCCUGUCACCUCACCGGAGACCAGAUUUAUUAUAAAGCUGUCCGGGACAUUGAAGCAGGGGAGGAGCUCUUGGUGUAUAUGAAGGACGGUAUUUUCCCGGAGGGAUCCAUGGCACCCAACCUGCAAGACGAGCAGAUGUACCGCUGUGAAGACUGCGAUGAGCUGUUCUCCUCGACGCUGGAGCUGCGGCGGCACCAGAAGUAUUCAUGCUCCAGCACCGGCUCCAUCUUCGACACGCUGAGAGAGGACUUCAAACAGGAGCGCGAGGACAGCGACGAGCCCGUCCACGAGUGUAAAGACUGUGAGAAGAUCUUCCCAAAUGAGUACAGUCUGGGCCAACACAUGGUAGUCCACACAGAGGAGAGGGAGUACAAGUGUGACCAGUGCCCCAAAGCCUUCAACUGGAAGUCCAACCUAAUCCGUCACCAGAUGUCACAUGACAGCGGCAAGCGUUUUGAGUGUGAAAACUGUGAUAAGGUACAGCAUAUCCGGCACGUGUUCACAGAUCCCAGCAACCUUCAGCGUCACAUCCGCUCCCAGCACGUGGGGGCGCGCGCUCACACGUGUCCCGAGUGUGGCAAGACGUUUGCCACCUCGUCAGGCCUCAAGCAGCAUAAGCACAUCCACAGCAGUGUCAAACCCUUUAUCUGCCCUGAUGGGCUGCGUCUUUUUGCUCCCCCAGGCGAGGUGUGCCACAAAUCCUACACCCAGUUCUCCAACCUCUGCCGCCACAAGCGUAUGCACGCUGACUGCCGCACCCAGAUCAAGUGUAAGGACUGCGGCCAGUUGUUCAGCACUACCUCCUCCCUCAACAAGCACCGCCGCUUCUGUGAGGGCAAAAACCAUUACGGCUCCCCGGUCGGGAUGUUCAACCCCGGCAUCCCCAUGAGCUCCAGCCCCAUCAUGGCCAAGAUCAAGUCCCACCAUCCCCACCUUCCAGGUCUGACCCAGUCCGGUUUAGGCUUCACUGACUACUUUCCCUCCCGACCUCACCCUCACGCCGGCUUGCCCUUCUCCACGGGACCCCACGGCUUCCCAUCCCUCCCUCAUGGUUUCCCAGGUAUCUUCUCCCCGUCACUGUAUCCGCGGCCUCCUCUAUUGCCGGCUAGCUCGUUGCUAAAGAGCCCGUUGGGCGGCGGUCAGGAGGUGAAACUGCCUCGGAGUCCCCUAGAUGCCCCUCCGCUGUCCCUGGUUAGCUCCACAAACAGCAACGGAGGUGACAGUUUGAGUCAGCUGGAAGACAAAGAAAAAGAGAACAAACUGGAUUUGUCUUCUGGAGAGGCCAAGCAGAAAUCUAAGAUGACGGACAUGUCUGACGGAAGUGACCUCGAAGACGUUAAUACCACGAGUGGGACAGAUUUGGACACCACCACCGGUACCGCUUCGGGUGAUGGUUCUGACCUGGAGAGCGACGGAGAGAGCGAACGUGAGCGAAGUGGUAAAAGAAGGAAGCCGUCUGGGGUCAUAUCGAGUCAAGAAGGCCACCAGUUAGAAGACACGAACAGUGCAUUGAUAUCGGCCGUGUCAAGUUCUGGGAACUUCGCCAUCGAUCGUCCCUUUUUCGCCUCUGCAUCGUCCCAGCACUCCUUCUUCCCUCCGCCUGAUGAGCAAGCCCUCCCGCCCACCCACAUGAACGCCAACGCAGCCACCACAGAUUCCAUCAAAGCCAUCGCCUCUAUUGCUGAGAAAUAUUUCGGUCCAGGUUUGAUUGGUCUCCAUCAGGAGAAGAAGAUCGGUCCACUGCCCUACCAUUCCAUGUUUCCCUUCCAGUUUCUGCCCAACUUCCACAACUCCCUCUAUCCCUUCAGCGCUGAUCGGAGUGCCCUCAAUCCUAGCAUGUUCUUUAAGGCGGAGCCCAAGUCGCCUCGCGAGCAGCUGCACAAGAUGGUUUCUGGUGCCCCAGGAGCUCCUGCGUCCACAGGGGAGUCACCGUUUGAUCUCACAAAGCCCAAGGAGACCAAGUUAGCCCCUCCCACCCCAACAAACCCCUCAAACCCCAACAGUAGCACUGGGAGCAGUAGUGGACCUUUAGCAAUAUCUAGCGGUGAAGAACAGCCAUUGGACCUCAGCAUUGGCGGCCGGAGCCGAGGUGGUCAUAACGGUGUAGCGGCUGAGCUACAAAACAGAAAGAACCUCAUGUUUGGAGUUGGAAAGGGGAUCUCCGUCAAGGACGAAACCCCAGCUGGGUUUCCUCACCCCCAUUCCCAGUCGUUGCACCAAUCCGCCAUCGCCCAGCACCAGCAGCAACAGGCACAGCAACACCAGCCGCCACCACUGCACUACGCCAAGCCCUCAGCGUUCUUCAUGGACCCCAUAUACAGCAGGGUGGAGAAGAGGAAGCUACUCGAUCCUGUAGGAGCUCUGAAGGAAAAGUUCCUCAGGCCCUCAGCGCCACUCUUCCAUCCACAGAUGUCAGCUAUGGAGAACAUGACAGAGAAGCUCGAGAGCUUUGGCGCUCUAAAACUGGACGCGCCGCCCAAUUCACUGCAACACGCUCAUCCACUGUUCAACUUCCGCUCACCGCCACCCUCCCUCUCAGACGCCAUCCUCCGUAAGGGCAAGGAGCGUUACUCCUGCAGGUACUGUGGGAAAAUCUUCCCUCGUUCGGCAAACCUCACCAGACACCUGCGGACACACACAGGGGAACAACCCUACAGGUGUAAAUACUGUGACCGCUCAUUCAGCAUCUCAUCCAAUCUUCAACGCCACGUCCGCAACAUCCACAACAAGGAGAAACCCUUCAAGUGUCACCUGUGCAACCGCUGCUUCGGUCAGCAAACCAACCUGGACCGCCAUCUCAAGAAGCACGAGCACGAGAACAUUCCUGUGAGCCAACAGUCCGGGAUGCUUUCCAACCUAGGAACCACCAUCUCCUCCCCAAACUCCGAGCCAGACAAUCAUGCACUUUUAGAUGAGAAGGAGGACUCGUACUUCUCAGAAAUCCGCAACUUCAUUUCCAACAGUGAGAUGAACCAGGCCUCCAGCUCCACGGAUAAGAGAUCAGACCAGGCUGAGGAGGAGCGCCCACCCAGCCACAGUUUGUCCAACUCCAAGCUAGGCAUCCAGGGGUUGGAGGAGGAGGAGGAGGAAGUGGAGGGUGACGACGAGGAGGAGGAGGAAGGCAGCCUGACGGAGAAGUCUCACGACGAGGCGCCCGAGUCCCCGUCUCCCGUCACAACGGGAGCGUAUGAGGAGGACGAGGACGAGGACGAGACGGAGACGGCUCCAUUAGCUAUGAGCUAUGAACACACUCGCAGGCUUAUGCAAUGAUGCUGUCUCUCUCGGAGAACAACCCUUUGCACGCGCCCUCCCAGAACUCUCUGGACACUUGGCUGAGCAUGGGAGGUGGACCGUCUGAGACGAGCAGCUUUCACCCGCUCAACCACAUCUAGACCAGAGAGAAACAGACAGACAGAGAGAGAGAGGGAGAGAGAGAGGGAGAGGGAGAGAGAGGAAGUGGGAGGAAGAGUAGGAGGAACAUUAGUUUCACAAAAUGGAUAGAAACAAAGAGACGGAGUGGACAUGGGUAGUGAGAAAUGUGGAGGCCGGAGAAGAAUUCAGUGUCACAUACAUUCAAGAUAGAAAGAAUAUGUUUGUGUGGAGAUGUGUGUUCAUUUGUGUGUGUGUGUGUGUGUGUGUGAGUGAGUGAGUGAGUGAGUGAUUGAGUGAGUGAGUGAGUGAGAUAGGAGGGAGAGAUUGUCCCUUGGUGAGGUGUCUCGCAAGACUCUGUCAAAAAGAAAGCACUGCUAAGCUCCUGUUGAUGUGAAGGACAUGAUGAAUGCUUCUCAACAGCAUUGAAACUCUGCAUCACUCUGAUCCUCCCCAAGUCCACAAGGCUCACUCCAGCACCACAGAGACCCGACGUAAGGCUCUCAUAAAGACACUUAAUGACUAGUACGUCUCUAAAGUCUGUGUACACCGCCUACUUCAAGCACUGCAGCAUCAGCACUGCAUUAGCACUGCAUGUCCAUAUGGUGGUGUGUUUCACCAGGAACAUAGUGGGCGCGUGCACUAUUGUCUCCAGGUCCCCCCCACCCCCCACCAAUCACAGGCAAUUCAUUUACUGAUCUUGUUUCAGUUAUAAAACUGCAGAAUCAACAAUAGCACCACACUAAAUGUUACUUGAGGAAAUGACUGUUCCAGUAGACUGUUGAUUUUUUGAAUGAUUACAUGGAGAACGAUGUUCAAAUGUGCACAGCAACUGGUGAUUUUUGAUGAGCUAUCUGGGACACUAGCCGUUGUAAUUGGCUGCCCAAUUUGAUCAUGCUGAAAAAUGAAUUUAAAAAUCAUACUCAAAAAAAAUGAGGAACGUCUUUCUCUGCUUGUUUUGUUUCAUCGUCAUUUGUUAAUUUUAUUUACUUUCUCUCCUCUUAGAUACCACAGUAUUGUUUUGUCGUAGGCACCACAGUGCUAAAUUGUUAAUAUAAUUAUUUUAGAGAAGGACCAAAAUUGUAUGAUAUUGUCAUAUGAUGUACAAAAUAACCUAGAUGUUCAUAGCAAGAGUGGUAUGUGCCAAAUAACCCAUAGAAAAUGUUUUGUUCUCUGACAAUCAUUUCAUUUCCAAGGGGCUUGCAUUUGCUGUCAUAGUUUUUUUUUUUUUCCUUAUUAUUACGCUCUUAUAUAUUUGAUUUCAGAAGUGUGUGUGUAUGUAUUUAUUUUUGGUUGUUUUUGUCAUGACUGGAGGAGUUGAAAAUGAAGACGUCAUUUCAUCCCUCUUUUCUUGAUACUGAAGGAAUGAACGCCUAUCAGAACGUGAGGAGAGAUUCAGAAUCUCUGGUUUUGAUGCGUUAGUGUGCCAAAAUGGAAAGAACCCAUGAAAUUAAUUGUUUUUAUUUAUAGUGAAAGAUAGCUGUAGUUAGCUUUAGAUCCUAUUUGGCAAUGUAACGUCCUGCAGUGUUUAGUUUUUCUUUUCUUUCUUAUUUUCAGUUCAACCAUUUUUACCCAGUAUGCUGAAUGUGUCUUGUUCAAUUGGUUCAAGUAUUAUAGACGGGGGGGAGGGAGGGGGACAGACUUGGACAACUUUCACUAUGAAUGUCAGAAAAGGGCAUUACGUUGUCACAUUAUUGAAUCUACCACAUCAAGUUCCCCUCUGCUUUUCAUUUGAUACAUGUAAACAAUGAAUAUUCUUUUUAAAAAUUAGUUAUCCUAUACUACAUGGUCCAACAUCUGCAUGAACAUCUGGUCUUCGCCGCACUGGAGCGACAGAAUCGCCGGUCAUGCAAGAAUGAAGGCAAGGACUCAUGAAACCAAAACAAAACAAAAACAAAAAGUGUAAACUAAACCACAGAUAGUGUUAAAAUGGACAUCAUAAUUAUGCUGGUUGGUCCUUCCAACACAUGCAAAAAACAAUGUGUUGUUAAUUCUGGAUAGGGAGUUUAACUUUAUAUUCCCUUCUUCUGAGAUCAUACUAAAAACUCAUUCCAUGUGGUCUACAAGGUAGCGGUGCCACGGAGGGCAUGAGUCAUGUGUACUGUAGAUAAGUGUAGAUAGCUGCAGGAGCAGGGGGGGCGAGCAUUGUUGAUCAUUGUUGCCUUGGUCCUCCCUGCAUACUUACUGGGACUCUCAGAACUAGGCCUGAUGCUGUAUUUUCAAACUAGUACUUAAACCAUGUGGGUCCAAGCCAUACAUUGAUCAGGCUUAGGUCUCUAGAACGUAGAACACGGAUACAUUUUCAGAUUAGUUUCAGUAGAUGAGCAACUUCGAGCUCCACACAGAGAGAGAUAAGAUAAAUCUGAAACAGAAAGCACUGUAAUUUUUAUUCACGACAGCAGGUGACGGCGGUGUGAUGCUGAUGAGGACUGCUGCAUCAUCUCAUUUUUUCUAAAGACAGAAGUCUUUUUUUUAAUAAUUCUACUGAAUGAGAUUUCAUUCACAGUAAACACAUUGUUUUCCCAAGUCGUGGUUAUAAAAUGUAAAGGCUUGGGUUGCGAAGUUUUUAGGUUGACUAUAUGUAGUAAUUCAUGUCAUGGACUACUGUAAUAAGUACGCGCUGUGUAAAGCAAAGGAAUUGAAGGCAUUGAAGUAUUCCAUUUUGCCAACUUCAGAAAGUAUUCUGGCAGAUGGUCGCUGAAAUAUGUUUCAGCAUAAUAGAACAUGGUUGCUGUUUUUCCCCCCACUGUUACAGGAGAAAGUAAAAAAAAUAUACAUAUUGUUUCUUUUUAACUGUAUAGUAUUUUAAAGAAUGAAAAACAAUGGUGCAUUUGUCUGAAGAAAAAAAAAUCAUUGAAAAAUAUGGGUUUAAAUGGAUGGUGCUUGUUUUGUUUGAAUCUGAGUUGUAUAUCGCCUCUGUUAUGUUUAUUGAAAACAAACAAACAAAAAAAAGAUAUUGUGCAUGACGUGUUUAGCGGUCAUAAUGAUGUCCAUUUGUGAAAUGUGUAUCAAAUCAAAAAAUGAGAAAAAAAAAAUGAAAGAAAAAAAUAAAUCCGUAGAUGCACUUAUUGUACAUGUGGUUAGUUUGGUAGGUUUGACUUCAAGUUCUUGACUGCCUUACAGAUGUUUGGGCAGGUGGCUCUGAAAGACAUUAGAAAAGACUUGUGGGAGAAGACAUAAUGAAAAACAAUAAAGGAUUGUAGAAUAAUAUUGAACAAUUCUGAAAAUUGCAGUUCUUUUGAUGCUUGUGAUUAUUGAAGAUGUACUUUAGAGAAAUUUCAUUGAAAAGAUAUGACUCUGAUGUUAAUUCUGUAGAAUAGCAAUGUAUACCAAAUGUAAUCUUUCCAAUGCUAUGAAGAAUUUAUACAUGAAAUUGAUAUGCAAUAAAACCUGUGUGCUUUUUAAA